AGCGAAUGGAUGAUCGAUACGACCCAUUCUAGAACAGCAACAGAGAAGUACUUAUAUUUGAGUUGUAUCGUGUAGUUUCGCAUGCUGAGGUAGUUCACACGCAAACGAAAAGACAAAAUGACGUCUCAGAAUCCCAUGUCUUCUUCGUCCUUACCUCCCUUAGUGGAGGACCUUGCUUGUGCCGUGGACCCGGUGAGGCUCUUUCAGGGAGACAGCACAGUUCCCCUCACCCGGCUAGCGAUGUCUCAUGAUCAACAAACUAUGGCCCUCACGUCACCAGCAACACAAGAGGUGUGGGUAUUUAAACGGAUGGAGCUUGCGGGGUGGAGGAGGGUAUUCGUAUCUAUACCUAAGCAUUUACUCUUUUGUUUUUUGCGUCAUUCAAUGGUGUUUGUACAUACUUAGAUCUGAGAAGCCACACCAAUUGGGAAAAAGGCUUGACCUGCCCUCUCCAAUCCUACCAUUUUCCUUUGGACCCCACUGCUCCACUCAGAUCGGCGUCCUCAAGGAGCACUCAGAUGUAGUUUCCGACCUCGAUUUUGCUUCAGAUGGCUCGUUGCUGUCAUGUGGGUAUGAUCGCUGUGUCUAUGUCUGGAGACGGAACUGCCUGCAGAGAUGUUAUAGCAAACCGGCGCCUGCUCCGAGGAAACAGCCUGGAUAUGGGCUGCGCUAUGGAUACAACGGGUAUGGAUCUGCUGAUAUGUACUUAUCUCAUACAUGAUCUUAAAAAAUGGCUUUAUCACAUUUUUCCGGCUAGUACUUUUGAUAGGAUGAAUUGCUUUUGCUUGACAUAAAAAAGUACUUUCUGUUCACUGAAUGGCAAUGGAGUUUCUACAUUUUUAGCUAUAAUCGUGACGGCUUAGUGGAGUCACCUUGCGAGACCGAGGACCGACGCGUUAG